AUGGCUUUCCAAGCUGCGAGACGAGCUUCGGCUGCCGCCCUGCGUUGCACCCAUUCUCAACACCAUCGAUUCUUUCACCUUACGUCCGCCAAGUUCCAGGGACUUCUAAUUGAUGAAACCACCAGAGUGCUGUACCAAGGCUUCACCGGUCGAGCCGCUACCAACAAUGCAAAAGAUGCUAUAGCACACGGAACCCAGGUUGUCGGUGGUGUAACCCCCGGCAAAGGAGGCCGCAGUCACCUUGGACUACCGGCAGUUAAGGCACUGAAGCCCGACGCCUCAUUUGUCCACGUACCUGCAUCCGCUGCAGCUCGUGCGAUUGAGGAGGCCAUCGAGGCUGAGAUCCCUCUAAUUGUGUCCAUCGCGGAGCACAUCCCCGUUCACGACAUGCUCAGGGUCCAGCAGGUUUUGCGCACACAGAGUACGUCUCGGCUGGUCGGCCCAAACUCACCGGGUAUGAUUGCACCUGGAAAGUGCCGGAUUGGCAUCAUACCGAACGAACAAUGUAUGCCGGGAAGCGUCGGUAUCAUCUCAAGGAGUGGUACCAUGAUCUACGAAGCAGUUGGCGCAACGGGCAGGGCAGGUCUUGGCCAGAGCAUGGUGAUCGGUCUAGGCGGAGAUACGAUGCCAGGGACAACGAUGAAGGAGGCGCUGGAGACUCUCAUACAGCAUAACGAAAGCCGAGGCAUCGUUCUGAUUGGAGAGGUUGGCGGAUUAUUUGAGAUCGAAGCUGCAGAUGCCAUCAAGCGCUACAGACAGUCCUCGAGCAACCCCAAGCCCAUCAUCGCAAUCGUUUCGGGACGGACUGUGCCCCCUGGAAAAGUUAUGGGCCACGCUGGAGCAUUACUAUCGCCGGGGGAGCAAGGCGCAGAAGCCAAGGCACGAGCGCUUCAGGAGGCCGGAGUACUCGUAGUACCGCACCUGGGGAUGCUAGAGAGUACACUCCAUACUUGUUUCCCAUUAGAUCGUUGA